AUGUCAUGUCUUUGGAGCGAAACCAGACGGAAAAACCGAUUCGACGGCAGCUUUAACGAGCGCAUGGGCUGCCGCUUGAACAAAGUUAUAACCAUGAGGAUUGAUGGCUCUAUUACUGCUCCUUCUGAUUAUAAUGUUCUAGGGAGUACUAUGUCUUGGAUUGAAUUCAAGAGUGUCGAUGGACUUUCGAUUCGUGGCGGCUUUCUUGAUGGCAAGGGGACUGGUCUCUGGGCUUGCAAAGCUGCCUCCGGCAAGAGUUGUCCGACCGGCGUUUCGACAUUGGGGUUUACCAACUCAAACAACAUUAAAAUAUAUGGGCUAACUUCUCUUAAUAGCCAACUAUUUCACAUCGUCUUCAAUGGAUGCACCAACGUGAAGGUGCAAGGAGUGAAAGUCACGGCCGCCGGAAACAGCCCCAACACGGACGUACGGGAGAUGAUUGCAUUUCCAUUGGCCCUGGAAGCGAUUGAAGACGUCAUUUGUGGUCCUGGCCAUGGCAUCAGCAUUGGGAGUCUCGGAAGAGAUUUCGAAGAAGAAGGUGUACAAAAUGUGACAGUUAAAAAGGUCACAUUCAUAAACACGCAAAAUGGUGUGAGGAUUAAAUCAUUCGGAAGACCAAGUAAAGGAUUUGUGAAUCAUGUUGUGUUCCAACAUGCCACAAUGAUCAAUGUCCAAAACCCUAUUGUCAUUGACCAAAAUUACUGCCCGGAUCACAUCAACUGCCAUGGAGAGGUUUCGGGAGUACAAAUAAAUGACGUUCUGUAUCAAGAUAUUCAUGGAACAUCAGCUACAGGAGUGGCAGUUAAAUUUGAUUGCAGCAAGAAGAAUCCAUGUAAAGGAAUAAUACUAGAGGACGUGAAACUGAACUACAAAAAUCAACAAGCGAAAUCACAGUGUGCCAAUGCUGGUGGAAAUUCCCUUGGUUUGAUUGAGCCCUCAAGUUGUUUAUAG